UCUCCUUUAACCUCAUUCAUUCCUUCAAGCAUUUCUGCAAACACAUUUCGACAUUUAAACAGCCGUUUGAAACUUUUCGUUUUGCUCCACCAUGGCUCGACCACAACAACGAUUCCGCGGCGUCCGCCAAAGGCAUUGGGGCUCCUGGGUCUCCGAAAUCCGCCACCCUCUACUGAAGACUAGAAUAUGGCUAGGCACAUUCGAAACGGCGGAAGAUGCGGCAAAAGCAUAUGAUGAAGCGGCAAGACUGAUGUGUGGGCCAAAAGCACGAACAAAUUUUCCAUACAAUCCAAACGAGUCACAAUCUUCAUCAUCAAAACUUCUUUCAGCAACUUUGGCUGCUAAAUUACAUAAAUGUCAUAUGGCAUCUCUCCAAGUUAACAAAAAAAAUAUGAAAAAAGAGCCACAAGAUCAGCCACAAUGUGCACCAUUCGCCGGGAAAACCAUCGAAACAAGCCCCGAAUGGCCGGAGACCAAAUGGGUUGGCGCCGGAGAAUCCCACAUGGAUCAAAGUGGUCAACAACAGUUUAAGUCACUUGAAGAUGAUCACAUAGAACAAAUGAUACAAGAAUUGCUUGACUAUGGAUCAAUUGAGCUGUGCGGCAAUGAAAAUUCAACAUAAAAAUAAAAAAGCUGUACCAGUAUUAAAUAGCUAAUGCAAGUUUUUCAUGUUUUAGUUUGAAGUGGGGAAGAAAAGUAGCCAUGGAUAGAAAGUGAUAAAGGUUAAUGUAAAUGAGGUAAUUUAGCUUUUGCAUAAAGUUUGAGUUCGAUAGUAUGAAUGCAUUAAUGUGAAUGACUCAAAAGCAAAUUAAUCUGAUGCGUAUGCUGACAUUGAAGAUCAAAACUUUAUGCUGAGAGAGAUCGUUUCUGGCUUUGAUGUGAACAAGUUUUGCUUCAAUUCCCUUCUUCUUCUUUUUGUCUGUCAUGUACAUGAAUUUAAAGGGGGGAAAGGAAUCCAAAUCUUGGAGUUGUGCAGAAAAGUGAAGAAUCAGAGGUUUGAAGACCCUUUUUAGGCGUCCAUUACUUAUAAAUAA